CGGUAGCCAGUGCACUGCAGAAAAUGGGCGUCGUAUUUAUUUCUUCUAAUAAGCAGAUAAUCAUAUUGCCUACUGCAUAAUAAAUGCAUGAGAGGAACUCCUACCCUAAAUUUGUCCACAUCUACCUAUCCGCACUAAAUAACAGAUCAAAGGGAACAGCUAUUAUGUGAAACCAUGAGUGACAACGUUGUAGUAUGCAUAGUAAAGCCUGCUGUGGCCCUACAGCUGGGGGAUGCAAAAACGGAUACAUCCCGCCCUGGCGUUUCUGUCAUCGAUGUCACAUUCCCACAAUGCCAGGCGGUGAAAGUUCAGGAGAUCUCUUUUAAGAACUACUACACUGCCUUCUUAAAGGUGCGCCUGCUGAGAAGAAAUCCCUCCAACAAGGAGGGUGCAUCUAAAUGGGUCACCUGUCUGCGAAGCCACCGCCUCAUGCCCAACCCACACACAGAAGGAGGUUCCCAGGACUACUUCUCCAUUUACAGGCAGCAGAUGCUGAUAGAACCAGAUGAUGUCACCUCCAUACGUUUCAUCCUACAACAGCCGUCUUCAACUUGGCUGAAUUUCACCCUUGAAGAUAUAAAAAUUCACCAAUGUGUGAGUGAGGAUUCAGAAAGGGACAUUCCUCCUUGGUUUUCUCAUCUGACUCCUGUAGACCAGCCGCCUAAUUUGCACGGACUGCCUGACCCACAGACUGUGUCAUCCAGCAUUCAGCAGAUGUGGGCCUUGACAGAAGUCAUGCAGACCCAUCAGACAGCAGCGCCCAUUGGCCGAUUUGAUGUGGAUGGCUGCUAUGAUGUGAACUUGCUUUCGUACACAUAGCAUGGAGUUAAUCAGAUGAAUAGAAUUUGAAAACCAGAGCAAAUGUGUAGUGUCGUACAGGAAUGCAUAGACCUAUACCUACACUUAUACACAACACAACCCUAUCUUUCUCUUAUUAAAUAUUUAGAGUGUACCAGAAGGUGUACUGGUCCCUCCUUGAAUGUUUUGCAAGACUUGAAUAUUUUAUAUUACGUCUUUAUACUGUACGCUUUGCAUAUAGAUUAAUGAAUCCCUUGAUAGUAUUUCUAGAACAUCCUUUGAAUUACAGAAGAACAUUUCAAAUACUGCAACAUCACCACAAAAUUCUACCAUAUCAUAAGUCCUCACUGGGGUCUACAGUUACUGACUUCAUAAAAAAAGGAAAAAAAAAAUACUGUAUGUAAAUUCUGUUGCAUGACUUCCAUAAGACAAUGAAUCAUUGUAGCAAGUUGAGAAGAUGCCAUUGAAAACAGCUACUAUGAUCAGGUUUGUUGUAGGAAGUAUUCAGUUUAACUAAAGUGUGUGUAUCGUCCUUAACUCCUUUUUAUGUUGUUUUGUUCCUUGGUUUUCCUUUAUUAUUAUUUAUCAUUAUUAUUAUUAUUU